AUGUCUCUCUCAGCACCAUCAAGGGAAAUGUUGCUUCUAUCUCGGCAAUUGGGCCGCCAAUGCCUCCGCGCACGAUCACAGCGGCCCCGCAGUCGCAACCCGCUUCUCUCUGGUUCCGGGCCUUCGACGAGACGAACUGUUGCAACUUUCAACACGCCGCACCACGCCGGUGCGAUAUCCGUAAUCAAGAGCAACGUCGAUACGAGCUCGGAUGAAUACAAGGAGAACGAGAGGCUCAUGGGCGAGGCCAUGGCCCGGCUAGAUGCGCUCACCAAGAAGGUACAGCAGGGCGGCUCGGCAAAGGCGAGGGAGAAGCACCUCGCGCGCAAGAAGAUGCUGCCAAGGGAUCGAGUCACGGCGCUCAUUGAUCCCGGCACUACUUUUCUCGAGCUGUCACCUCUAGCCGGGCACGAGCUGUAUCCCGAGGCCGAGGUGCCAGCAGGGGGUGUCGUCGCAGGUGUUGGUGUCGUUGAGGGCGUCACUUGCAUGAUUGUCGCCAACGAUAGCACGGUCAAGGGCGGGACUUACUACCCGAUUACGGUGAAGAAGCAUCUCCGGGCGCAGGCCGUUGCUCAGGAAAACAAGCUCCCCUGCAUCUACCUCGUCGACUCCGGCGGCGCAAACCUGCCUCACCAGGCGGACGUCUUCCCCGACCGCGAACACUUUGGGCGCAUCUUCUUCAAUCAGGCGCGCAUGUCGGCCGCUGGGAUACCCCAGAUCGCGGUUGUCAUGGGUCCCUGCACGGCCGGCGGCGCCUACGUCCCGGCCAUGAGUGAUGAGAGCAUCAUCGUGCAAGAGCAGGGCCAUAUUUUCCUCGCCGGGCCGCCACUUGUUAAGGCGGCUACGGGCGAGGUCGUCAGCCCGGAGGACCUUGGGGGUGGCAAAAUGCACUCGUCGGUCUCGGGCGUGACAGACUACCUAGCCGUGGACGACGCGCACGCCAUUGUGCUCGCGCGGCGCUCUAUCAGCAACCUCAAUUGGCCGACCAAGUCCGCUUCGACGACACCGAGCUUCACGGAGCCCCUCUACGACCCCUCAGAACUCCUCGGCAUCGCCUCCACCAACCUGCGCAAGCCCCUGCCCAUCCACGAGGUCAUCGCACGCAUCGUCGACGGGUCUGCCUUCGCCGAGUUCAAGCGCGACUACGGCACGACGCUGGUGACAGGGUUUGCCAACAUCUACGGCCACCGCGUGGGCAUCGUGGCCAACAACGGCAUCCUCUUCAGCAGCUCGUCGCUCAAGGGCGCGCAUUUCAUUGAGCUGUGCGCGCAGCGAGGCAUUCCGCUCGUCUUUCUCCAAAACAUCAGCGGCUUCAUGGUCGGCAAGGACGCCGAGCGCGAGGGCAUCGCCAAGAACGGCGCCAAGCUGGUCACCGCCGUCGCCUGCGCCGACGUGCCCAAGUUUACCGUCGUCGUUGGUGGCAGUUAUGGUGCGGGCAACUAUGGCAUGUGCGGCCGCGCCUACUCGCCCCGCUUCCUGUGGAUGUGGCCCAAUGCGAAGAUUGGUGUCAUGGGCGGCGAACAGCUGGCUAGUGUCAUGGAGACUGUCGGUCAGAAGGCUGAUACCGGGCUGAAGGACCGCAUUGAUCGGGAGAGCGAUUGCGUGUUUUCGUCGGCGCGGUUGAUGACGGUGUUAUUCCUCCGGCGCAUACACGGCAGUAUCUAG